AUGGUCGACGUCCCCUCGCCUGUCACGUCAGGCUCCCUUGCUUGUAAGUCGCCAACGUCAACCUAUGAUGUCUAUGGUCUACCUGCUAAUGUGUACAUUCCCUCUCUAGACUACUUCACCCCUCAUGUCGCCAACAUGUCGCUAACUGCUUGCCGUCAUGUCACCUCCACCACCAGUCAACGAAGGGGGCACAUGGGAGAGAGUAUCAUGAUAGCAGGGAAGGGAGCCAUUGGGGGGAUAACCACCCACAAGGAUGAUAGCCAGGAUGGUCAGCUGGGAAUGGGCUGGACCCGACACGUCUAUUCCAGCUAG